AUGAGUUCUUCAAUUGAAUUCGGCGGUCAUAUUCGACCAAACAACUUUAUCCUAGGCACAAAUAAUCUCUAGUAUCCAUAGGAAAAUAAUGUCGAUCAAGAAAAUCCUCAUAACCCAGAAAAUCAAAACAGAGGCCUUAUUAAUGACAAAUAGUUUGAGUUAGAGGAGAGAGUUGGAUUUAUAAGAAAGGUUUAUGGAAUUCUUUUCACUCAACUUGGCUUCACCUUCACUCUUUGUCUAUAUUGUAAAAUAAGAUUUUGCUUAACGAUAAUCUUAGCCUCCUACGACCCAUAUUUCGGAGCAGUUGUCAGACAUCCCGCCAGUAUGAUUUUAGCCAUUAUUGGCCUUAUUGGCUCUCUCUGUGCUAUGCUAGUCUUUCAAAUGACAAGAAAAGUUCCUUAAAAUUAUAUCAUGUUAGGAUUAUUUACCUUUUCACAAACCAUUCUUGUGGCCUCCAUUACUGCCUAUUUGACUCCAAGGUCUGUAGUAUUAAGUAUCUUAGCCUUUGGAUUCAUUACUUUUAUGCUAUACUUAGGAGCUUUGCAGAUUAAGUCGUUUGAGAAUUUUCUAGCCUCCUCUUUUCUCAUGCUUUUUGUAGCAUUGAUUUUAGAAAUAUUAUCAAUAGUGUUCUUCUUCAGUGACUACAGUCAACCUAUGAUGCUUUUAUAUUCAGCAGCUGGAAUCAUCAUUUAUGGAACAUAUGUGAUUAUUGAUAUGUAUCUAAUCGCUAAAAGACUAGAUGUUGAGGAUUACAUUCUUGGAGCCUUGACUUUAUACGUUGAUUUGAUGUCAUUGUUCAUUCAUAUUUUAAGAAUAUUAGGAUCCAAGAAAUGA